GCCGAACAUAGGCCGUCUCCAGUCGCUCCAACGACCGAUUUCGAUCGGUCUCUUCCAGAGCCUUUUCCUCAUCUGGGUCUCCUCCAAAACCCUUGAAGAAGCUCUGCAAAGAUGGCUGGAUUGAAUAGGAAGAUCUCAGCCGCAUCUGCAAGGGCCCACACCAGGAAAUCAAAGCAGGGAAGUUCCUUCCGAUUGCCUUCAGGUAUGCUUAAAAAGAUAUCACUGGUUUUGUUUAUGGGCUUCAUAGCGUGGGCUUAUCAGGCCAUUCAACCCCCACCUCCUAAGAUCUGUGGAUCUUCAAAUGGGCCUCCCAUUACAGCGCCCAGGAUUAAGCUCAGAGAUGGAAGGUAUCUAGCCUAUAAAGAAGAUGGUGUCCCCAGAGAUAAAGCCAAGUAUAAAUUCAUUUUUAUUCAUGGCACUGAUUCUUGCAGACACGAUGCAUUGAAGCUUUCUCCGGAGUUGACGGAAGAAUUAGGAGUCUAUUUGUUGUCAUUUGACAGACCUGGGUAUGGAGAGAGCGAUCCAAAUCCAAAAAGGACAGAGAAAAGCACAGCUUUAGAUAUAGAAGAACUUGCUGAUCAGUUGGAGCUUGGAUCCAAAUUCUAUGUAAUUGGGUAUUCUAUGGGAGGACAGGUUGCUUGGACGUGCCUCAAAUACAUCCCCCACCGGCUAGCAGGAGUGGUAAUGCUUACUCCAGUUGUAAACUACUGGUGGCCUGGUCUUCCUGCCAAUAUAUCUAACGAAGCGUACAAGCGGCAACCUGUUCGGGACCAAUGGGCACUUCGAGUAGCUCACUAUGCCCCUUGGUUGGCAUACUGGUGGAAUAGUCAAAAGUGGUUUCCCACUCACAGCGUUGCAGCUCGUAGCCCCAAUAUUCUUUCCUCCGAAGAUAAGAAACUAUUUUCCAAUUUUGAAGAAAGAAAACAAUUGAAGGCACAGGUAAGGCAGCAAGGCGAUUUCGAGACCAUCCACCGCGACAUGAUCAUUGGUUUCGGGAGUUGGGAAUUCUCACCCACGGAUCUUGACAACCCAUUCCCCAACAACGAAGGAUCAGUGCACCUAUGGCAGGGUGAUCAGGACUUGCUGGUGCCCGUCGCCCCUCAGCGUUACAUCGCUGAAAAGCUUCCUUGGAUUCACUAUCACGAGGUUCCUGGUGCGGGCCAUUUUUUUGGAUAUGCAGCUGGUUUUGGCGAUGUUGUAGUUAAGGCACUUCUACUUGAAGCUUAGUGGAGCCUUCUUACGGACGAUGGACUAAUGUCAGGUCACUCUUUUCUGGCAUGUUCCUUUUUUCUUAUUGCUUGGAUUUUUGCUUUUCUGGGAUUUUGAAAAUUUUCCAUUUUGUUGUGCAAUCUUUUGUGUGAUGAGCUUCUUUAAGUUUUGUAACUUUCAUAGGGGACUUAGAUGAUGAAUAGCAAAGUUGCUUUUAGAUUGAAAUUAUCAGAUUAAGGUUCUUGCAAUCAUGUUAUCUUUGGCAA